AUGUGUCAGCUGGCGAGUUGCUCCUCCCGUUGGAUUCUACGCGGCAGAUGGCUGCUUCACAGCGCCGCGGCGCCCUGCCGCGGCGCUGUCGUUCCUCCAGGCGCCAUCCACUCCCUCUGCCGCCCUUAUGUGCGGGAUGUGCGCCAUUUGUUGAGCGCAUUGUCCGACAAUAGCUUCCCAGCCGCCCCUGCCAUCGGCAACGUUGAGGGUACUGUUCGCUACUCAUCCGUUGAGUCUAAACGCUUUGCAGACAGUGUUACCGUCGCUACUUCUGCCGAUUCAACAGCAGUUACGCCAACGGACUCUCCCGAAGAGUAUUGCAACGAGAUCCUGUCUGACCCUCUGUCCGAUGUGAGCGUGGAGGAGAGCGCCCGGUUCGUCGUGCCGUUCCCAAACAGCGAUCGACCACAUCUGCUAGAGGUCAUAACUCGCCCUUUCAGGAAGAACUACACGUUCGGCGCUGCCUCUAUCAUGCUGCACCUGUGCGUGGAGCGCCUCGAGAACGAGGAGCUGACGGAAGCGUUCGAGAUCGGCCCGGGGUUCAACCGCCGUGCGUACCUGCUGUUUUUGCACGUGUGGCUGCUGCAUAGGCGAGCAAUGAAGGAGUGCCCGCUGGGCAUCCUGCUGGACCGGUACCUGUUCCGCUGCGCGUUUGAGCUGCUGGGAGAGUGGCUGACCAUGCGCGGCGUGGCGGAACACCGUUUCAAGCGCGAGCGCGAGAACUGCCAGGCGUUCAUGAUGAAGUUCCUGGUCGAGCUGGACCAGUGCACUCUGGACGAGGAGCUGUACGCUUUCCUUUCGCGUGCCCUGUUGCCGUACGUGCCUGCGGGGCAGUCGGCGAUAAUCGUUUCAGGCGCACAUGCACCUGACCGCGACGUUAGGAUCCACCGUGCAGUCUCUUGUGAAGUCGAGCAGCGGCACUCACGCGUCGAACCUGGGAUUCGUUUCUGGACAUGUUCCGUGAGAUGUUUGCACAGCGACUUGAAUCCGCCGCGGCUGUUUUUUUCCAUGAUAUUCUGUAACAAGUUACUGCUACCUUCCGUAGCAGCGUUUUGUGCACCUACUGAUGGCGCGUUAAUGUCAUGA